UUUUUUUUCGCGUAUGAUUAGCGGUCUAGGUUAAUAAAAGUCGAUGGCGUGAGUACGACUGUGUGGUGAACUGGUGACUUCUCGCUUUCGGUGUUUGAUGUUGGUGUUGGUGUUUCUGCUGGGUGUUUCACUUUGUUUGGAUUUUUCAAAAAUUUAUUCUCCGGCUUCGAGUUUUUCAAAAUUGCGAUUAAUUUUUAUUUUCAUUUCUGGAGAAUCGGCCGUUUUACGCUAUUUAUUAAUCAUCGGUCGAGACUCGUCGAUAUUUGAAAGUUGCAUCUACCCGUACUGCUCGUCGUAGGUUCGUAGGUAUUGAAUUUUUAGAAAAAUUCGCGAUCCCGAUCCGGAUCUGAAAAUAAAAUAUGGCUCGAAAUGCGGAAAAAGCGAUGACGACGCUAGCUCGUUGGCGGGCGGCGCAAGUGCACGGCAAAGAUUCGCACGACAAAGAACGGAGACCGUAUCUAGCGACCGAAUGUACGGACCUGCGGAAAUGCGAGAAAUGGCGAAUUCAAAUUAUUCGAGAGAUAGCGCGUAAAGUUUCGCAAAUUCAAAACGCUGGUCUGGGAGAAUUUCGAAUCCGCGACUUGAACGACGACAUUAACAAACUGAUUCGCGAGAAAGGACACUGGGAAGCUCAGAUCAAGGAACUAGGCGGGCCCGACUAUGCUCGCGUCGGGCCGCGUAUGUUGGACCACGAGGGUCGCGAGGUACCCGGAAAUCGAGGCUAUAAAUAUUUCGGAGCCGCCAAGGAUCUACCCGGCGUUCGCGAAUUGUUCGAGCAGGAACCUCCGCCUCCGCCGAGGAAAACGCGAGGCGAGUUGAUGAGAGAAAUCGACGCCGAUUACUACGGAUAUAGAGACGACGACGACGGAAUAUUGAUACCUAUCGAAGAGCGAGAAGAAAAAGCGGCUAUCGAAAAUGCGGUUAAUCGAUGGAAACAGCGAGGCGAUAACCCUAACGACGAACAGGAAAAUGAAGAAGAGGACCUAUACGCCGUGCACGAAUCCGACGACGAAGAAAACCAGUCGAAUAAUGGCGCCUCGAACGUGGCGGAAAGUAGUAAAUUUGUGGCGCACGUUUCGGUGCCUUCUCAGGAUGAAAUUAAGCAGGCCUUAUUGUUGAGGAAGAAACAAGAGCUGUUGGAAAGGUACGCGGCCGGUGACGGUGGCGUUGAUUCGCUCGAGCAAUGAACGGAAUUAUACGACCCGAACUGAUGAAAUCGGAAUCGGCCCGGAGGCGAGCGAAAAAAAAAAAUCACGGCAGUCCGAGAACGAAGCGAGCCAUCGCGAGUGGAAAUAACGAGUGACCGACGAGGCGCGAGGCGAGGCGAGGCGAGGCGAAAGUUUGCCCUUUUCCAACUGAACCGCGUCUACUAUACGUACGUAGCAUCGCUGCGAAUUACGAAGCAUCCGGAUUAAUUUCGUUAUUCGCACGUCCUCGAAUGUACGACGACGUUUGCCCGAUGAAAAUUAUAGUCGACGAAAUGCGAUUUUUUUGUUUUUUUUUUUGUUUUUUUUUCAUUUUCACAUCUAGUCGUACCAUCGCAUUACAAUCAUGUACUCGUUUACUAUUACUCUUAUGUAUGUAUGAUUCAAGUUGAAUACACAUUGACAAAUUUUA